AUGGCCGCUAGCGAAUCCAGUCUCAAGAACAGGUUUUCAUGGUGGUUCCAGGAAUUCUUUUUAUACAACGGUACGAAGUCUGUCUUGACCAAGGUCCGCAAUGAACAACUCGGUCUUGAGCCUUUGGCGCCGUUGUGUUUCCUAGUCGAAUUUCUUCAAGCUGGAAAUGUAUCGAUCUAUAUUGGAUCCGGAAAUAUGCCCUUCCUGGGACCCGAAAAGGUCUUCAGCGAGAUCUUUGAAGACGGGCCGCGCUACUAUGGACGUGGUCCCGAGCCAAUGCAAAUUAAGAACGUUACGGCAGACAACCUUUCUCAGCGGAUCAAGGAAGCGCUCAAACCAGAGUACGCUGUUGCUGCAAGUGAAUUUGCGUCCAAAAUGCUAAAGAACCCUGUGCUGAAACUUUUACACGUAAAGCCCAGCACAAAUUCAGUGUUUACGAGAAGGACGGGCUUUGUGACGUGCUCGGAGGGCAAAGUGGAUCCAGCACAGCUUGAACCUCUUGAACUGGGCAAGAUUUCAGAUCUCGUCAGCCCUGGUGAUCCAAUUGGUGGGUUCUUCUAUGGCAUCGGCCAAGUGGCAGGUAACAUCCAACGCGAUUUGAGGACGUUGCCACACCGCCAAAGCGAUACACAAACAACCACUACGGAAGGCGACAAGUCAGUGGGCUUCUAG